AUGAAUUCACUUAUCUCAUCGAUAAUUCAAGAACUUAAAUUAGAUGAUAAUCGAAUUACAAAUAUUUAUAAUUAUGGUUCAUGGGUAUAUGGAACUAAUCAUGAAAAAUCUGAUCGUGAUUUUCUAAUUAUUAUGAAAGACAUGAGAAAAAAACGACGAAAACGUUUGGUAUUUCAUAAAGAUUUUGAUUAUUUUCAUAAAUUUAAAUUACAUCGACUGAACAAUUGUGAUAUUACCAUUCAUUCGUGUAGAAAUUUUGAAUUAUUAUUAGAAAAAAAUUAUAUGUUAGCUGUGGAAUGUGUUUUCUAUCCUGAUGAAUUUAUUUUAAGAAAUCAAAUUGAUUACAAACAAAUCUAUUUAACGAAAUAUUACAAUCCAUUUCGAUUGAAACAAGUUGCAUUCUAUGAAAAUCAAGACAGUUUGAGAUAUAUUAUUUCGAAUGAUGAUGAUGAAAAUAAUAAAUUAUAUGAUACUCAAAUAAAUCCAAGUAUUGAACAAUUUUUAUGUCAGGCUGUUCAAACGACAACUAUUGACGAAGAUCGAAUAUUGAAAUAUUUAUUUCAUGGUAUUAGAUAUUUGAAUAUUGCUGAAGAAUUAAUUCGUACAAAAUGUAUCUAUGAUUUUCGACAAGCAUCUUAUAUUUUGUUUGAAAUGAAAGAUAUCUUUGUGAAAAAUAAUCGAAAUAUUGAUUUUGUUGUUGAUUAUAUUCAAACAAAAAUUGAUCAUUAUAAAACAUCACUAAUUGAAUUCAAACCAAGUAAUACAAUCGAUGGAACAUUUAAGAUUCAUAUAACUAUUAAGAAUGAUAAUAUUCGAACGUGUCCUACAAUUUGUCAAAUGAAUGAAUACAAUUCGAUUGAUGUAAAUCAGUUUAGUGGGAAAAGUUCGAAAAGAUUAGUAGCGUCUUUCGAUCAUAUGGGAAGAUAUCCUGAUAUGAUGGAACAGAUUCAAACAUUCAUCGAUACUCAAUUCAAAGGUUUAGAUAUUAUCAGAGUGAAAAUAAAAUCAUUAGCAUUGAAUAAUGAUGUACCGGAAAAUGAUCUUGAUAAAAUGUUAUUCUGGGAUAAGAAGUCAAAUUAUUUUGAAUUUUAUCAUAAAGUAUUGAUUAAAGCAUUAUGGCAAUUACAUGAAUUGAAAAUUUUUUGUCAUAAUCGACACCUUCAUUUAGCAUCAUUUGGAAAAAUAUUAAACAAUGAAGGGUAUUAUUUUGUUAUAUUGAGAUUAUUUAAUGUUGGCAGAGAAAAAGCAUUAACUGAAAAUGAUUAUCUAAUGAAAUGUCUGACAGCUGAUAAUUUCCUACCAUUAGAUAUCGAAAGUAAUUUUAUAGUUUACGAUUCAAAUAGCAAUUUAGAUAAUGAAUGGAAUUCUGAUACAUCUGAAGAACCAAAAACAAAUUCAACUAUAACCAAUGCCAAGCAGAGAUAUCGAAUUGGUUUUUCAAAUCGAAAAUGUAUUCCAUCGAUCUAUUAA